UCGACGCUGUCUUGCGCUGCAAACUAGGAAAUAUCUUGGGAAUCCGUGGUGUCGCCUGCAUGCAUGGUUCUCACCGAGCACACAGCCCGAGUUGUAGCUGCUUAACGGGCGACAUUGGCUGUGCAAACCUUAAUUAUUGAACUACUGUUGCACCACCAUGGGCGUGGAGGUCGAGACAAUAUCCCCCGGUGAUGGAAGAACAUUUCCAAAGAAGGGCCAGGCAUGUGUUGUGCAUUACAUAGGUAUGCUGCAGAAUGGGAAGAAGUUCGACUCCUCCCGAGACAGGAACAAGCCAUUUAAGUUCAAGAUUGGACGGAGUGAGGUCAUUAAGGGCUGGGAGGAAGGAGUAGGACAGAUGAGCCUGGGCCAGAGGGCAAAAAUCACCUGCACACCAGAUAUGGCUUAUGGAGUAACAGGCCACCCCGGGGUCAUCCCCCCGAACGCCACGCUCAUAUUCGACGUGGAACUGCUGAAGCUGGAGUGAUGCCUGAGGUCAAAUACAAAGGUUGAAGCUUAAUGAGGCUGCGAUCGCUACAACCUGCUUCCACAGGGAGACCAUACUCAGCGGCUGCCUCCCACCAUCCACCCACUCUUCAUUGAUUUCUACAGUCUUCUUUACUUCAAUACUUCAAUGUAUCUACUGCUGAUUUUGUCGCCAUCUUGUCAUACCACAUCCUGCACGAAAAAAAAAAAUCCCAUCAUGCAAGGACUUUUUUUUUUUCUUUUCACUCACACACACCACCGUUCGGUUUCUGUUUGUAAAGCCAGAGAUGCUAUUUCGUUUAAUCUCAUUUAAAGUUGUACAUUUUUCUUGAACCAUGAGGAAAUCAGUCAUCUGAUGAAAAGCCGUACUACAUUGCAAUCAAAACAUAUACUGCCUUACAGUUUCAACAACAGAGGAAGGGUACACGAUGUCGAAAAAAUACACAACUUCUGCUCCGUCUUAACUGGGCAUUAUAUACCACUGUCUGCAUUGCCACUUUGAUAAAGGUUUGACCUGCUGAAUGCUCUGAAUGACGUUGCUAUGUGUAGUAUAUAUUUUAUAUCCCUCAUAAACAUUUGCUGCAAGUGUACCACUGUCCAAAACAACCCAAUCCAAUACUGUACAGAACUCCUAUGAGAGCCAUUGCUACUAUUACAGUUGAUUGACCAACUCUUGAAUAAAAAUGGCAUGUAUUGUGU